CCAUACGGGUCCAACUAUCACGUUUGAAAGGUCUUUCUCUUUCUUUCUGUUCUUUAUCACUCGCGUUACGUCCUCAACGCGCUACUCCCGUCUUUAUCUAUUUCUGAUUCUCUCUCUCAUCAUCUUCCUCAACUACUUCGUCCUUUUCCCAUUCCCUUCUAUUAACAACCCAUUUUUCUUUCUCUUUACCAAAACUUGUCUCUUCCACCUUUAUAUAAUUCACUUCAAACCUCCCAUUUUUUUCAAUCACUAUUUAUUUAACAACUUGAUGAUCACAAAAUGAAGUGUUUCUUCUUCAAAGAGAAAUCCAAAUCCGCUCCAGAAUUGCAGAACCGAAAUAAGAAGAAGAAUCCUGCUGUGAACCGCGCAACAAACUCCACUGGCUCUGUAUCUUCGCCUAAGAGUGUGAAGGAUUUGUACAGAGAGAAAGAGAAUAGUUUUAGAGUUUUCACUUUUCAAGAGCUGAGAGAUGCUACCAAUGGUUUCGAUAGAAUGUUCAAGAUUGGUGAAGGGGGUUUUGGGAGUGUUUAUAAAGGGUCCAUUUUGCCCUCAGAUGGACAGGGUGAUCCAAUUGUAGUUGCCAUCAAAAGGCUUAACACUCGUGGCUUUCAGGGUCAUAAAGAAUGGCUAGCAGAAGUUCAAUUUCUCGGCAUUGUUAAUCACCCAAAUUUGGUUAAGCUUUUGGGAUAUUGCUCAGUAGACGGAGAAAGAGGAAUCCAACGGCUGUUGGUGUAUGAGUUCAUGCCAAACAGAAGUUUGGAAACCCACCUUUUCGGUAAAACUUUGCCGACCCUUCCAUGGAAAACAAGAUUGGAGGUCAUGCUUGGUGCUGCUGAAGGAUUAGCUUAUCUACAUGAGGGACUCGAGAUACAGGUGAUCUACCGAGAUUUCAAAUCUUCAAACGUUCUAUUGGAUGAAAAUUUCCACCCGAAGCUCUCAGAUUUCGGUCUUGCAAGGGAAGGGCCACAAGGGGAUCAGACUCAUGUAUCUACCGCGGUAGUUGGAACACAAGGAUAUGCUGCGCCAGAAUACAUCGAAACAGGUCAUCUGAAAGUCCAGAGUGACAUGUGGAGUUUUGGGGUCGUACUAUACGAGAUUCUCACAGGAAGGAGAUCAUUAGAAAGAAACCGUCCAACGGCUGAACAGAAGCUAUUAGAUUGGGUUAAAAAUUAUCCUGCUGAUAGUAACCGAUUCAGCAUGAUAAUGGACCCGCGACUUAGGAACCAAUAUUCUAUUGUUGCUGCGCGCAAAAUAGCCAAGUUGGCUGAUAGUUGCUUGAAGAAGAAUCCAGAAGAUAGACCAUCUAUGAGUCAGAUAGUGGAAGGGUUGAAGCAAGCAUUGCAAUUUUCAGAAAUAGCAAACACUUCUCAUGAUAUUGCUGAAUCUUCUAGGUCUAAAUUGGUUCAGAAAGGUAAAUAGAACUUAGUUUUGUUUUUGACUUGUAAUUUUUUUAGGACCAGGAAUUCAGUUUUGGUCAAUCUUGGAAGUCAGUUUAUUUUAUUUUUGGUUCAGGGGUGAAUGUUCUUUCUUUUACUUUAUCGACCAUUGGCCUUAAAUUUUUUGGAUGUAGAGCUUAAUUGUGUGUUAUUAAAAAAGUCCUCACUUAGGAAUUGGAAGUGCACAAAUGAAUCAUGAUUAUGAAGAAUAUUAGUACUA